AUGAGUUCGUCUGAGGACGACAUUCCGCUUGUUCGCGCCAAUGGCCGCGCCAAAGCAAAUGCGUCUCUGACCAAGUCACCUGCGACGAACGGCGACCUGGACCCGGGCAUGUCAAUCCGCUUUGGUCCUGUGCGAGACAAAGACGAAGAGAUGAAGGAUGCGGAUGCGCCUGUCGCAGCCAAGCGCAAGUCGCGGAGCAGCAUUCAGGCGAAAUCAUACGCGGAAGCUGAAAGUAGCGAGGAAGAUCAGCCUUUGAGCAAACGUCGGCGCAAAUCGAUCAAACAUGAAGACCCCGAAUCCGAAUCCGAUGUUCCUCUCGCCCUGAAUGGGCGAAAACUGCCGAAAGCUUCAGAGACAGCCGUGGGCGACGGAUCAGACUCGGAUGUCCCCAUUGAACGGAACUUAGCCUCGCAGAAGAAGAAGAUCGAGAAACGGGCGGAGAAAGUUGCUAUCGACUCGCGCAAGGCUGCGACUGCGAAAGCCAAGGCCCCUCCUGUCAACAAGAAGCAAACCAAUGGUGUGAAAAAGGAAGCAAACGAUGACAGGUCUUCGUUAAAGAAGGUCAAGGCCGAACCAGCCUCUAAGAAAAGCCGAGCGAAAGUCAAGGCAGAAAGCGAGGAUGUGGAAGAUGGUGAGGAAGAGUACCGUUGGUGGGAGGAUCCCACUAAAGGUGAUGGCACCAAGAAAUGGACUACUCUUGAGCACAACGGGGUGGUCUUCCCUCCGCCAUAUGAACCCCUUCCGCAGAAUGUCAAGAUGAAGUACGACGGCGUGCCUGUUAGUCUGCAUCCUGAGGCUGAAGAGGUCGCUGGUUUCUUCGGAAGCAUGCUGAACUCGACACACAAUGUGGAGAACCCUGUGUUCCAAAAGAACUUUUUCAUGGACUUCAAGGAAAUUCUGAAGAAGACGGGCGGCGCCAAGGACUCGAAGGGCAACAAGGUCGACAUCAAAGAGUUUGCCAAGUGUGACUUCAAGCCUAUCUUCGAAUACUAUGACGCUCAACGUGAGGCAAAGCGAAACAUGCCCGCCGCCGAGAAGAAGCGUCUGAAGGCUGAGAAAGACGAGCAAGAAGCACCGUACAUGACCUGCAUUUGGGAUGGUCGCCCGCAGAAAGUCGGUAACUUCCGCGUGGAACCGCCUUCACUCUUCCGUGGUCGAGGUGAACAUCCGAAAACUGGUCAUGUGAAGACUCGUGUCCAGCCCGAACAAGUUACGAUCAACAUCGGGAAAGAGGCUAAGGUCCCUCCGCCACCUCCCGGCCACAAGUGGAAAGAAGUGAAGCACGACCAGGAGGGUACAUGGCUUGCUAUGUGGCAGGAGAACAUCAACGGUAACUACAAAUACGUGAUGCUGGCCGCGAACUCCGACGUCAAGGGUCAAAGCGACUACAAGAAGUUCGAAAAGGCUCGAGAGCUCAAGAAACACAUUGAUAAGAUCCGCAAAGAUUACACCAAGAACAUGAAGAGUGAUCUCAUGGUUGAGCGUCAAAAGGCAACUGCUGUCUACCUCAUUGACAAAUUUGCUCUUCGUGCGGGUAACGAGAAGGGCGAAGAUGAGGCCGAGACAGUGGGUUGCUGCUCACUGAAGUACGAGAACAUUACUCUGAAGCCUCCCAACAUCGUCGUCUUUGAUUUCUUGGGUAAGGACAGUAUCCGUUUCUAUGACGAGGUGACUGUGGAUCCUCAGGUCUUCAAAAACCUCAAAAUUUUCAAGAAGGCCCCAAAGAAGAAUGGAGAUGAGAUUUUCGACCGAUUGACUACUUCCGCUCUAAACAAGCAUCUUCAGAAUUACAUGACUGGAUUGACCGCAAAAGUGUUCCGUACCUACAACGCUUCUUUUACAAUGAGUGAACUGCUGAAGGACAUGAAAGCCGCCGGAACUAUUCCCGAAAAGAUCAAAGCUUACAACGACGCAAAUCGACGAGUCGCCAUCCUCUGUAACCACAAGAGAACCGUUGGCGCGGCCCAUGCAAACCAGAUGGAGAAGAUGAGUGAACGCCUUGAAAAAAAGAGGGGUGCAGCCUUCUUCCAACUCGAUGAGGAUUUGUCACUCGAUUGGGUCAAGGACUAUCAAGCUUACAAGGUUGACGAGUUGAAGCAAAAGAUCACUAAGAAAUUUGAGAAGGACAAUGAGAAGUUAGUCGCGGACGGCGAGAAGGAAUUAAAGGCGUCCGAGCUCAACGAACGACUAAGCGCUGUCAAAGAACUCGAGAAGAAGUACAGCAAAGAGAACAAGACUGGAAAGGUUGAGGCUGAGGGCCGCGCGCCUACGAUCGAGAAAAUCGAAGCAAAUAUCCAGAAAAUGGAGCAACGCAUCGAUGCUAUGGUUCUUCAGGCGCAGGACAAAGAGGAAAACAAGGAGGUUGCUUUGGGUACAUCGAAAAUCAACUACAUCGACCCACGCCUCACGGUCGUUUUCAGCAAGAAGUUCAACGUCCCAAUUGAGCGAUUCUUUUCCAAGGCGCUACGUGAGAAGUUCGAAUGGGCUAUCAAGUCUGUUGACGAGAAUUGGGAGUUUUGA